GCCCAGAAAACUUCUCUCUUGUUCGCCUGCUUACGUCCGCACGACGCGACAAUGGGAGCUCUCUUCUCCUGCUUCUCUUCCGCUGCGCCGGCGAAGACGAAGAGGAGGCGGCUCAGCAUCUCCUCCUCCCCUCCGCCGCCUCCCGGCAUGGCCAUCCCUCCCUUUGGGUUGAGCAGAGACCGGUCGGGGAGGAAGGAGCGGGGCAGGGAGGGCCUGACCCACGAGCAGGAGCAGGCCCUCGCGGCGGCGGCGAAGACCGCGGCCUCGUUGCUCCUCCGCCAGAACGGCGGGGCGGAGGCUGUGGCGGAGGUGCUGUUGGACCGGUCCUCCUCCGUCCGCGACCCGCCUCCCGCCGGGAAGAAGAGGCAGGCGCUGCCGAGGAGCUCCAGCUCCCGGCCCCGCUCCCUCGCCGAUCCCCUCGUCCAAGUUCAGCAGCUCGUCAAUCAGGAUGUAAAGAUUGAUGAUUUGGAGACCAAUCACUUUGUUCUUGUCCAUGGAGGUGGCUUUGGUGCUUGGUGUUGGUAUAAAACUAUUGCACUUCUAAAAGAUGCUGGAUUUAAAGCCACUGCCAUAGACCUGACAGGUUCUGGAACUCAUGCUUUUGAUCCAAACAAUGUUACAAGUCUUUCCCAGUAUGUAAUGCCACUUACAAGUUUCCUUGAGAAGCUCAGUGAUGGGGAGAAGGUUAUUUUGGUGGGACAUGAUUUUGGUGGUACCUGCAUAUCAUAUGCAAUGGAAGCGUUUACAUCUAAGGUUGCCAAAGCUGUUUUUGUUUCUGCAGCUAUGUUGACAAAUGGUCAGAGUGCUGCAGAUAUGUUUUCUCAACAGGCACGCUCAAAUGAUUUGCUGCAACGAGCCCAGAUAUUUUUGUAUGCUAAUGGAAAUGACAAUCCUCCUACUGCUGUCGACUAUGACAAGUCACUGUUACAAGACCUAUUCUUCAAUGGAAGUCCUGCUAAGGAUGUUGUAUUGGCUUCAGUUUCUAUGAGGCCAGUCCCCUUUGCACCAGUGUUGGAGAAGCUCUCACUUUCAGCGAAGAACCAUGAUUCAAUUAGGAGAUACUAUAUAGAGACCACUGAGGACAAUGCACUGCCCCUUUCCCUACAACAGAGCAUGUGCAGUUUGAAUCCUCCAGAGUGGGUUUUCCAGCUAAAAGGAGCAGAUCAUUCACCAUUUCUUUCGAAGCCUCAAGCGCUGCACAAGUACUUGGUGGAGAUCGCAAAAAUUUCCUCCUGAAGCACAUUGAACUGUUUCUGGAAGGAUGCACAUGACUAAUCUAUUGCUCCACUCAUGGCCAUGCACAUGAUGCAGAUGCAUGCAUGCGCCAUUUACCUUAGUCCAUUAUUCGGAGAUACAUGCAUAUUGUGAGUGGCCCUGGCUUGUUGCAUCCUUCUUUAGCCUCAUAAUGGAUAUGGCAAUCUGAGAGUGGCCCUGGCUUGUUGUAUCCUUUUUUAGCCUCAUAAUGGAUAUGGCAAUUUUAGUUCUCAGCAUCAUCACAAGCUUGCUGAUACCUGCUAAACCACCUGCGAUUAUGGUUCCAGAUUGGCUAUUUGAACCAUUUUCUUUGGUGGUGCUUUUUUCAGAUAUUUUUGUUGUGAGGCUGUAAGCUCAGUUUUGUCAAUAUGGUGCCAUGUGAGAUCAUUUUAUUGGUGUGCUUCUCAGAUAUCAGCAAGACUAUUGAGGGGUUGGUGGAUUCUGCCUUCAGUUAAGAUGAAGGGAAGCUGAUGUUUUUGUGAUUGAUGUAGUUAUCAAGUUCUACCACUUCAAAAACUUUUGUUUCCCUGUGGAUAAAAGUAGGAAAAAAAUGUAAUAGGAAAAAAAAUGCACCAAGUGGAAUAUGAGUAAAAAAAAUUGUUCAUCAAGUUCAAUAUUUGAUGGAUUACAAAAGAGUGCAUCUAGUGUUUGUGGUGAUUAUGUCUAUUGUUUACAUGGUAUUUGACUUCUAA